AUCAAAACUAAUCACAUUAUUACUACCCCCACCCCCACAAUAAUAAUAAUGUUGUCUAUCUUUAGGCAAUAUACAUUCGAUGACUCAUUCGAGCAAGUUUUCAUAUCUAGCAAAUUCCUAAAAGAGUACCAAAUUGCCCUCACAUUUGCCACAGACUACGACCAAAACAACCUACCCACAAAUGGAAUUUUCAGGGUAAAUUGGGACACAACAAAAGUCACACCUGAAUCAAUAACCCAUUUCAAAAAACAACACCCCGAAGUGAACAUUAAAGUGUAUAUUAGUAUAGGUAACCGUGGCACAACAUUCCCAUUUUCUCCACAAAACAACAAAUCAUGGAUUCUCAAUGCAACAAAAUCACUCACAAACAUCAUUAAAAACAACAAAGAUUACAAUCUCCAAGUAGAUGGGAUCGAUGUUUUAUAUGAAAACAUUGAAGCCUCACCCGUUGACUUUGUUGAAUGCAUUGGUCAACUUAUAAAGAAUUUAAAGGAAAAUGGAGUUAUAAAAGAAGCUUCUAUUUCUCCUUCUUUUGCUCUCAACAAUGACUUUUAUUUCUUAUUGUAUCGUGCUUAUUCUAAUCAAAUUGAUUGGGUUGAUUAUCAGUUUCAAAAUGAGGUUGUUCCUGUUUUUGCACCCAACAAAUUGGUGGAACUUUAUGAUGAAUUGGUAUUGGAAUUUUAUCCGAGGAAGAAAUUAUUUGCUGGGUAUAGUGCUGAGAAUGAGGAUUGGGCUACAUUGUCACCUAUUGUGUUUUUUCUAGGUGGAAUGAACAUUCUUAAGAAGAGAAAAGGUCCUGGUAUUUCAAUUCAUUACCAUAAUUACUAUCAACAAAACUCAAAUAACGAAUGAUCCAUGGUAUAUAUAUGUAUGUACACUUUAAUUUAAUUAUACUCGUAUAUAGUAUACGUAUGCUUAUAAAAAAAUAUAGUAUAAUUAUGUA